AUGGCGGCACAUGGAUGUAUUGCCAAUGAUCUUCUCUUCAAGCUGGCUGAUGACAUCGAGACGGGUGAUCAGAUGGAGGAAUUAGGAAGAACACUCGGAUUCAAGGUCGCAGAAAUCAAUAGAUUCACAGAGACUAACAAGAUAGAAGGACAGAUGACUUGUAAGGGAACACGUGAGAUGCUGUUUCACUGGAGACAGACCGUGUUGCCUUACGAACAGCAUCAUAGACUGAAACAAGCUCUCACUGACGCUAAGCUGGUCAUGCUUGCUGAUACACAUCUGAAGGGGACACCAAGUAUUCCAGGUAUGGCGGCACACGGAGGUAUGGUGGCACACGGAGGUAUUUCCGAAGAUCUUCUCUUCAAGCUAGCUGAAGACAUCGAGACGGGUGAUCAGAUGGAGGAAUUAGGACGAACACUCGGAUUUAGGGUCGCAGAAACCAAUAGAUACACAAAGGCCAACAAGAUAGAAGGACGGAUGACUUGUAAGGGAACACGUGAGAUGCUGUUUGACUGGAGACAGACCGUGUUGCCUUACGAACAGCAUCAUAGACUGAAACAAGCUCUCACUGACGCUAAGCUGGUCAUGCUUGCUGAUACACAUCUGAAGGGGAAACCAAGUAUUCCAGCUAUCUACAGUGAGAAGAUCUCGGAAUCUUUGACUGUUCAGCAAUGUCGCGAAAAGUUGGAGAACAAGUACCGGGAUCAGCUGUGCAAAAUUCAAAUGAAGCCAUGGGAUCACAGUGACUACGCCGAGUUCAAAGAUAUGCACACGGUUGUCACAAUGGUGAAAAAGGACCCUCUAGGACAGGACACGAAAACGAUGGAAAUACUCCCGGGUUCAGUUGCUGAAAUAUUGUCAACGAAAGUAAACGGCAAACUACCAGCUCGUAUCCUCAUUUCGGCUCCGGCUGGAAGAGGGAAGACCACGGCCGUUGCUAAGAUAGCUUACGACUGGGUUCAUAGAGAAGAGGGGUCAGCAUUAGAAAACCUGCCACUUCUAUUUGUUGUCAAAUUCCGAAACACAAAUCAGGAUACCUCGAUCGGAGAAGCCAUCAAAUCCCAGCUUUUGAGUGAUGUUGAAGAUCUUACAACAGCGGGUCUGGAGAGUUUCAUCAGAAAGAAUCAAGGCAUCUGCCAUAUCAUACUAGACGGACUAGAUGAAUAUGCGGGUAUUUCUUCUUCAAACCGAAGCUUAGGGAGCAACAUCGUCAGUGUCAUCCGCUUGGAGGAAUUCCCUCAGUGUCGAGUUCUUGUAACAACACGCCCUCACCUAGAGAACUUCUUCAAUCAAGCGGAGCUUGCAAGGGUAUACACGAAGAUGUGGAUCGAAGGAUUCUCAAGAGAAAGCUCUCGUGAUUACAUUGACAAAUUCUUUGCUUUGACUUCGAGUCCUGAUAGUGGGGGUGAUCUGAAGGUAUAUCUUGAUGAACAAUCACUGAUUAAUGAACUUGUUAAAACACCUUUAUUUUGUCUCAUGGUCUGUCACUUAUGGAGUGAGAGCUUGCUGGAUAGUGGUACUACAACCCAAACAGAGUUGCUUGACAACGUGAAUCUUUUUUUGAUGCACCACGCAAACGCCCGAUCAACGUCAGGAGAGGAAAUCACACCCGAACAAAUGAAGGAAACAAUUUCUCAACUAGGCGAAGUUGCUCUAACUGGUCUGCUCGACAAUGCUAAAAAACUAAUCUUCACGUCAGAUGAUUUCCAACGAUUUCCCACAACCCUCGAUAUGGCGUGUGAUCUUGGGAUUGUAUCCAAGACGACUGUUUCACUCACUCGUCUUCCUCAGUCUAACGAGACCACUUCCACUACCAUUGAGUUUUAUCACAAACUCGCUCAGGAACACUCAGCUGGGAAAUACCUCGCUGCUAAAACGAAGAAAUUUAAGUUACGACUGAGGAUUUCUAAGUUGGACCGACUGCUGCAAAGCAUCAAAGGAAACAUCGGUGACUAUGAGAAUCUCAUCCGAUUCGCUGCAGGCACACACAACGGUAUUUGCAUACGAAUAAUGGAGGCGCUCCUUUCCAACCACUCUUUGGAUGAGAGCGAGCGAUAUCGCAUUCUUCUUGACUGCUCAUCAGAGAACAAGGGUACUGGAGGAAACGUGUCUCCAUUGGUUAAACGAUGUAUAACUGCACAGAGUAUUGUUCUCAAGUCGCCGACUGUCUACACCGUCGUUGGGAUGCAAAAACUUCCAGUGGAACUAAAAAACAAGAACAAUGGCAAACAGAAGAAAGGCAUGGAGACUUCAGGGCAUCAUGGCAGUAAUGCAGGAGUACCUCAGCUGCCACGACGUGUAUAA